ACUUGAAAUUUAAGUGAUUGUCCUGAUGAUCUGAAAGUGAUUGGUAAAGUAUGAUUUUUCUGUUAACUUCUAAACUCGUUUUAUGCAAAAGUGAGUAUGACUGAUUUGAAGUGCAAGUUUUAUGCUUUUCACUAAAUUGAGCAUGCCUAUUUGAAAUUUAAGUGAUUGUCCUGAUGAUCUGAAAGUGAUUGGUAAAGUAUGAUUUUUCUGUUAACUUCUGCCUGUUUUGUCUCUAAUGUGGUCAUGUUAUUAGUGACCCUACUAGUGGGGGAUUUUAUAAACGCUAGCACAUGUUGGCACAUGUCGAUAUGUUUAUGUAAUCCUGCUAGUGGGAGUUAAACGCUAGCACAGGUCGGCACAUGUCGAUAUGUUAUUGAUAGAACCGGUUCGUUUAAGUGACCCUGCUAGUGGGGGUUAUACACUAGUAAAUCGUGUGCCUGCCAGUGGGAGAUUUAUAACACUAGCCGUGACCUAUAGAGAAGACGUUUAUUUCGUUCUCGUAUUGUAUUCGUUUUGCUUGAUUGCACAUGUUGGCAUGCUAUAAGUUUGAUAAGGGGCACUCCAUAUUUACUUACUGAGUUUAUCUCAUAGUUUUUCCUUGUCCACCAUUUCAGGAAGUGAAACCGAGGACGGGGAAACCAUGGGAAGUGACGAGUUAGAAAGCUAGCCAUUUCGAGUUUGAUAUAGAUUUUAGAAAUAAAUCAUGAUAUUGUAUUUGGAGAUUUUAAUUGGAGAUUUAUGAUAUUGGAGAAAUUUUAAAGAUUU